GGUAGAGAGAGAAGGGAUAGAGAGAGAGAGAGGUUCCAUUGUGAGUUCUUUUAGUUCAGACGGACAGAACCAGAAUCGUUUUGCUCAGACAAGGUGAAGUGAGAAAAAGCUUUUUCACUUUCGUUUCAUAGAAUCUGCAGCCAAAUCUCACGAGAGAGAGAGAGAGAGAUUUGGGGGUAAAGACUUAAAUUCUGUGUGGAGAAUAGCAGAUGAGAGAGAAAGGGUUAUGGCGGCGUUGCAGAAAAUAAGAGAAAGAUUAACGAUAAACCUAUAAUUCUUCUUCUUCCUCCGUUUUUCUUUCUUCUAGAUUCGUUUUAUCACGUAACUACUUUACUGCAGCCAAUUAAGAACGGAAGGAACGCCUUGCUGUCCGAAGAAAGAGAACGACGAAAUCCUCGAUGAAUUUCGUCUCUACCACAACUUGAAGGACGAGAACAACGAUAACCUAUGAAGGAGAAAGCUAAAGCCAGUGGGGGAAAAGAAUCGGAAUUAACAAAUUCCGGUCUCAUGAUAAUUAGGGUUUUGUGAAUUAUGGGUAUUGCUCCUUCAAGAUUAGGGUUCAAGGUGUUGGGUCGAGGGAAAUGGCAGGGAUUUUCCCAUUAGGAUCAGGACGAGGAAACGAAGAAGAAGAUCAACGAAAGACUGGGCUUUGGUUCCGAAACACGAACCCUAGCGCCUCAAGCUCCGAUAACCAGCAAAUAUGGCAGCUAGAACAAGAGCCACCGCCGCAGCAAAUGUUCAUGCAGCAGCAGCAACAACAAAGCCUUGAUCUUUAUCCAGCCGGUCAGAUCGACGUCUCUGAUUUGGCCACGUCAUGGAGAUCUGUCACCAUAAGCUGUCGGGACUGCGGGAACCAAGCCAAGAAGGGCUGUGCACACAUGCGGUGCAGGACUUGUUGCAAGAGCCGAGGCUUCGACUGUGCCACCCACGUGAGAAGCACGUGGAUCCCCGUCGCUAAACGCCGCGAGCGCCAGCAGCAGACGAUGGCUACCGAAGGCGGAGCAAAUAUCCCGAAGCGGCCGAGGGACGCCUCCUCCACAGGUCAAGUGCUAUAUGUUUCUUCUCUUAGAAUAUGGUUUGUGUUAGGGGCAUUAGAUAUGGGCGAGCCCUCUUUCCCGGCGGAAGUGAAUUCGGAAGCGGUUUUCCGGUGCGUUAGAAUGAGCGGUGUCGAUGAUGAAAACGGCCAAUACGCUUAUCAGACGAUGAUGAACAUCAACGGUCACGUUUUCAAAGGAAUUCUAUACGACCAAGGCCCUCAAAGCAGCCACAACAUCAGCUGCGGUAGCGGUGGCAGCGACCACCAGAGCUCCUCUGCCGGGAUCGGUGCCGGAGGAAACCCAUUUAAUCCGGCAGCAGCAGCAGCCGGAGCUUCUUCUAGCCACGCCGUCGCCGGAGGAUCAUCAUCGCCCAUGUUCGUGGACCCUUCGGCGUAUUACGGCUCGAGUAAUCUAAGCAUGUUCAUGCCAGCAGGUACGCAAUUCUACAACCAAAAUCCAAGAUCUUGAUCAAUAACGUUUACGUUGCUCAAUAAUUUUAUUUUUCACGUCUAAUGGUUGUUCCUCCAUGAUGUAAAACUUUGGCACGAUGAUACUUGAUUUAAGCAUGAGGAUGGGAUUAAAACU